AUAAAAGACAAAACAGGCUUUGAUCAUUUCCUCUGUAUAUAAUAUACAGAGCAGUUUUUAUCGGAUAAUUUGGCAAUUGGCAUCCUCAGUCUAGAGAAAGAAAACCCCUUUGAGCACGCCUGCCAUGGACACAGUAGCAGCUCGGUUCAAGCUCAUUCUUUUGCCCCUUUUGGCUAUCGCUUUGCUUUUCUUACCUUUUCUCCAGGCCACUGAUUUCAGUUACUGCGGUGAUGAAACUGGUUUCGUUGUAAAAGUUGAGGGAGUCGAUAUAUCACCUGAUCCUGUGGUUAAAGGCAAGCCAGCCACCUUCACGAUCUCAGCAUCUACCGGUCAAGCUAUCUCUGGAGGCCAAGCGGUGAUUGAUGUUUCCUACUUUGGGAUACAUAUCCAUCAAGAAACUCAUCAACUUUGUGAGGAAACAUCCUGCCCUGUUCCUGUUGGACAAUUUGUACUCUCUCACAAUCAAGUUUUACCUGGAUUCACUCCACCUGGUUCUUACACACUUAUGAUGAAAUUGACUAGUGAGGACAAUCUGCUGUUAACUUGCAUUUGCUUCAAAUUCAAAAUCAGUUUAAGUGCUUCUGGAUCUUUGGUCUCUGAUAGCUGAGUGGCAAAGUAAAUGGUCUAAAUAACUCGUGGCAUGCAUUUGUAUUGGGGUCUUUUCUUAUUUCAUACAGAAAGAUCUAAAGUUCUACAAUCGUUGUGCUUUUAUUCUACUGGGUUAUCACUCAUAAAGGUCAUUCCUGCCUUUAUCGUGUCACAUUCCAACUGUGUUUAUCACUCAGAUAUCCAAUUGCUGUAAGAUAUUCCACAUGACAACUCUGUUUACAUGCAAGUCACUCAAAUCUGUGGAAAUAUUGUCAGUUAACGAUGUUAGCUACCAUCCUUUAAUGAACCAUCAUUUCACAAUCAGUUUAUAUCCUUGUACUUGUAGCACUCCACUGUUGAACUUUAGAUUUAUUGAGAAAACAUGCCAUUGUGAGUGUUUGGACCUU